UCUCUCUCUCUCUCUCUCUCUCUCUCUCAGUGGGAGGAUUCAGGACUUCAGCCAAGAUGUGACAGCAGUGGAAAGCUGAGCGAGUAAAGUAACAAUUACUGAAGGAACAGAGGAGAAAGGAGAGGCUGCAAUGGCGGUAGAGCACUCAGACUUGGAGAAGGCCAUCAACACCCUGGUCACAAACUUCCACUCGGCCUCUGCCGAUAAAGGCCCCUCGCUCAAGGCGGAUGAAUUCAAGAGCCUCCUUUCCUCUCAGCUGCCCAACCUUAUGAAGACCGGAGGGUCAGACGCAGGUUUCGGGGAGGUGCUGAAGCAGAUGGGGGUGAAGGAUGGCGAGGGCAUAACCUUCAAAAACUUCUGGAACCUGAUCCAAAACCUGGCUACCAGCCAGUACGGUCUGCUCAGCAACGAGAAGGUGUCCAAAUGCAGCUGCCUUCUACUGUGAUCGCCAGGAUUCACCCGCAGACUCGGUCCAUCACGGAGGGAUGCUGUCGCCUUUGCUCUCUCCGUUGCUCUGCAUUUAACCAGUCACACUUCUUUUCUCAAAACACUAACCCCUCCCAUGUCUACUUCAGUGAAAAUGUGCUUGAUAAAAGACUCAGUUCUUUGUUACAGUGCAAUGUAGAAAUGAGCCACAUUAGAAUCACCACAAAACCGUUUGUCUAAAGUUCUGAAGUGGCCGCAAAUCUCAUUCUAAACCUAAAUCAUGAUCAUGAACUGGAGCUUUUAAAAGAAUUUUAGCUACAUUCACAUUUCAGGCCUCGUUGCUCAAAUCAGAUUUUUUGCCCAAAUCCGAUCUCUCUGACUCGACGGUUCACACUCGUUUAGGUCAGUGACUCUAAUCUGUCAUUAAUGUGAUGAACCGGCUCCUGAACUGACCCUCAU